AGAGACCUGUAGUGUCAAGAUGUUUUCUGCUCCUUUUCAGCAGCUUUUCAGCGAGUUUUCAAUAACCAAUAACAGUUUUCUACUCGGUAUUUAUUUAUUACCUAUUUUUCUUUUAGUUUCAUGUGAUCUGUUUAUACCUCGCUUAGUCAGAACCAUUAACCAUAUUCGUAGUUGUUUAGUUGUUGUUUCUUAAAGCCAGUGAAGAUGGAGUCGAGUGGGAGCAGAGGACAGGACAGCAUCCUCUCCAGAGUGGCUCUCAAUGAUAACAAGGCAGGCAUGCAAGGUCUCGACAAGGACAAAAUCAACAAGAUUAUUCUCGAAACGUCCAAGGGAUCCAGAUUUUAUGAGAAUGAACUGAAAAAGGAGCGUCAGGUGAACCAGCGUAUCGAGAAGAUGAUGCGAUAUAAAGCCAAGGUUACUGAGCAGCAGAUACAGAAAGCGCAAGUAGAGGUGGACAAGCUGACUGCCAUCCUGGAAAGGAGUCGCGAGCUUGAGAGAAUAAUUGUGCAUGUUGAUAUGGAUGCAUUCUAUGCUGCUGUGGAGAUGAGAGAAUGUCCAGAAUUAAAAGAUAAACCCAUGGCUGUGGGAUCCAUGAGCAUGUUGUCUACUUCAAACUACCUUGCCAGAAGGUACGGUGUCCGUGCUGCCAUGCCAGGCUUCAUUGCUAAGAAACUCUGCCCAGAGCUGGUCAUUGUGCCAUUAAACUUUGACAAAUACAGAGCAGUGAGUGAACAGGUGAGGGAGAUAUUUGCAGACUAUGAUCCUCAGUUUUUGCCCAUGAGUUUAGAUGAAGCUUAUUUGGACAUCACCGAGCAUCUGGAGCAGAGGCAGCACUGGCCUGAGUCUAUGAGAACACAUCAGAUCUGUGAAGUGAAACCCACAGAAGAGAUCCCAGAACCUGAGGCCAAUGUUGGAGCAGAGACGGAAACAUUGUCCCCUGUGCUCUUUGAGGACAGCCCAAGUUCCUCCCCUAUGAUCCCAGGGGCUGUUGGGAGGGUGGAAGUAUUUGGGACAAGUCCCGAAGAAGCUGUGAGAGAAAUGCGCUUUCGUAUUGAGCAGAAAACGACACUGACUGCAAGUGCUGGUAUCGCACCGAACAUGAUGCUCGCAAAAGUGUGCAGUGAUAAGAACAAGCCCAAUGGUCAAUACAGAAUUCUUCCUGACAGACAGGCUGUGAUGGACUUCAUCCAAGAGCUGCCAGUUCGGAAGGUUUCUGGGAUCGGGAAAGUGACAGAAACGAUGCUCGCUGCGUUAGGAAUUGUCAGUUGUUCCCAGCUCAGACAGCAGAUGGCGAUGCUUUCUUUGCUUUUCUCUGAAACAACCUGGCACCAUUUCCUUCAAAUUUCACUCGGACUUGGCUCUACUCACAUAAGCAGAGAUUCUGAGAGAAAAAGCAUGAGCACAGAAAGGACGUUUGCGGAGAUGAGCGAUGCGCACGAGCAGUACUCACUGUGCAAGGAGCUCUGUCAUGAGUUGGCAAAGGACCUACAGAGGGAGGGCCUCAAGGGUAAAACUGUCACACUGAAACUAAAGAAUGUCAACUUUGAGGUGAAGACCAGAGCAUUCACAUUGCAGUGUGCUGUGUGCACCGAAGAGGAGAUUUAUGCUGCCGCUAAGGACAUUUUGAAAGCUGAGAUGGAUAAUGUCAGCCCUCAACCCCUGAGGCUGAGAUUAAUGGGUGUUCGUGUCUCAAGUUUCAUCAAUAUUGAAGAUAAACAGCCCCAGCAGAAAAGCAUUGUGGGCUUUUUGAAGAUCGCAUCAGAUUGUGGCAGUUCAGUCCAGCCACCCAAAUUAGAAAUAGUCAGUGCUUUGGGUUCUAGUGCCACUUCAGCAAACGAGCAGUGUCUUGAAACAUCCAAACGAUUCAGUAAGUGGCGGACAGAAUCUGGCUCCACAACUGAACCUCAGCAGCAGACCUUCUUCCAAAAGGCCCAUGCUAAGAGGCUGCAAAAACAAUUUGAACGAGAAGGAACAUCUGGACCACACUCAGACAAAAUAUUUAAAUGCUCACCUACGGACUCUGACACUACAAAUAACAUUGUCACAACCCACAAUGCAACAGUCAUAAGAGAAGAAACUCAGACAAGCACAUGGGUGAGACAUCCAGAUACAGAUGAAACUGCAGCCAAAGUGGAAUCAAGUUUGUCCACGACAAAGACAGAAUCAUGUGUAACCGAAACAAAACCACAGUCUGCAAGUAUGCUGCAGUGUUUCACAUGUCCUGUGUGCUUCAAUCAGAUUAAAACGAAAAACCUUGCAUCGUUCAACCACCAUAUAGACACGUGUCUUAGCAGUGAAGUGGACAAUAAAAGCACGUCCAUGGAAGGAUAUCAGGAAGGAAAACUAUUAAGCAAGCAGGGUGAAACAAGGAAAGAUCACACUCGUCAAAAAGUCACAGACAUGAGCUCAGAAAGGAGGACGUGCGAUGAUGAAGAACCGUGCACCAGCUCCUCCACCCUGUUUUUUGAAAAAGACGAUUCUGAUUUUAGAACACCAUUUUUUAAACGCUUUAAAAGUACAAGUAAAAAGCGUUCUCUCUUGCUGUGCGAUCCCAUGAGCGAUUCCAGAGCUGCGCCCUUCCAACAGACGGCUGGUUCUGUUGAUGUUAUUAGUGAACCAAUAGACAAGCAGUCCUCCACAUUAAUAUGUCCAGUAUGCAAUCAGGCUCAGGAUACUGAUGACCUUACUCUCUUCAACCAUCAUGUCGACAUGUGUCUCAACCAGGAGGUGCUUUUAGAGUUUAGACAGGCUGUUCCUUCAGUGGCUCAGUCAGGCCAUGGCUUAAUGGAUUCAUUGGUUCAGAUCUCGGAUAAGGAGAAACACUCUGCUGCAAAAGGAAAAAGCAAAAGACGAGGAUCAUCACCUCCUCCUCCUUCAAAGAAAACCAAAGCCGUCGCUACAAAACAUACCAUUGAUAAAUUCUUCAAGGGAAACAAGCAACAGUAAUUUUAAGAUGACCAAUAACUAUUUUACUUAUAGUACUGUGCAAAAGUCUUGGGCACAUACAAACAUAUGGCAUACGCAAAAGAUGCUUUUGAAAACAUUUCUGCAUAAAAGAAACUUCUAUAAAGAGUAAUAAAGAGCAAUAAAAUAAAGAGUCAAUAUUUGGAGUGGAAACUCAUUGCUUAAAAUCAGGAGUUUUAGACACAGAUUUGUGCAGUUUUAUGAGAAAACAGCUGUUAGGUUUUACUGAGCAGGCUGGAGAAUGAGUUCUUCUGGUAACUUUGUCACACUUGCUCUUGUACUAUAUAUUUUUUUACUUUACAGCCAUGCAUAUACUGUAUUCUCCUGUAGUGUUAUUUAUUUAUCAUUUUUUAAGUUAUAUAUGGAAAUACUGAGUGAUUUUGUACAUUAUGCAGACAUGAUAAACAUAACAAAUUUGGUACAGCAAAUAUGGUGUCUAAGACUUUUGCACAGUACUGUAUAUAUUAAAAAAAAAAUCUUUAUGAGCCGAGACAUAUUGCUGAACUUUUAUUCUGAAUAAAGAAACAGUGAAGUAAAAUAUGAGAAAAAUAUGAACCUAUCAAAUCCAGUUUUUGCACUUUUUCCUCGUGUGCUGUGCUAUGAGAAGGAUUUUUAUUAUUAAUUAAACACAAUCAAAGCACUUUAUUAGACCAUACUGUCUAUGGUAAGCUAGAAGGAUCAGAGCCAUAAAUAAACAGUUAAAAGAUUGAUUUUUUUAUGUUGUUUUUUUUUAAACCUAAAUGGUUUGAUAUUUAUUAUUUGAAAGCAUAAAGCACAUAUA